UCUGACUGAAUGCGAAAGCCAGUGAGGUCCUGUACUGUACGCAGUUAUGAGGCUCCUUAGUUACCUGUACACAUUGGUUCUUUUCUACCCUUGUUAUGGAUGCCACUAUUCUAGCAGCAUUUAUAUCUGUCAGGGAAGAGACGUGGAUCAUGUCCCCCAGGAUAUCCCCCAAAAUGCUUCAGAAGUGAGAUUUAUGUAUACGAAAAUUGUGGUCAUACCAAAUGGAACUUUCUCUGGAUUUGAAGAGCUUACCAACAUAGAGAUCUCAGAGAAUUAUGACCUUAAAUCCAUAGAGGCAAACGUGUUCUCAAACAUCCCGCAACUACAAGAAAUAAGGAUUGAAAAAGCAAACAGUCUUGAAUUCAUUGAUCGAGAUGCUUUCUGGAAUCUCCCAAUGCUCAAGUAUCUGUUCAUAUACAACACCGGGAUACAUUUUAUUCCUGCUGUUACCAGGAUACAGUCUCUGGAAAUAGUAUUUCUGGAUAUACAAGAUAAUAUUAAUAUUAAAAAAGUUGAAAAAAACACAUUUGCUGGACUCAGCCAGGAAAGCAUCAGGUUGUGGCUCGUACAGAACGAUAUUGAAGAGAUAGAGGACCACGCUUUCAAUGGCACAAAUUUACAUGAACUAGUCCUGAGUGGCAAUCACAGACUAACUACAUUACCAGAUCUUGUUUUCCAUGGAGCCACUGGACCUGAAGUAUUGGACAUCUCAAAAACCCAGGUCAGCUCAUUACCUCAGCAUGGUUUGGACGCAGUUAAGAAACUGAUAGCAAAUCACGCCUACAACCUGAAGAAGCUCCCACCUUUGGAAAUGUUUUCUGAUCUGAUUGAAGCGAAUCUGACCUACCCAAGCCACUGCUGUGCUUUCGAAAACUGGAAAAAACAAAAAAGCUUCAGUUUGCAUCCAUUCUGCAAUAAAAGUAAUCAUUUCUUUCAUGGGGAACUUAAGACUACGGAAAUGACAUCUGGGAACCCGGACUACCAUAUGAGUGAUGGACUAGGCUUUGACCCCAGUGACAACGCUUUUGACUACUAUUUUUGUGUUGACAUGCAGAAUGUUGUGUGUUAUCCUAAGCCGGAUGAAUUCAACCCAUGUGAAGACAUAAUGGGCUACAACUUUCUCCGGAUCCUCAUAUGGUGUAUUAGCAUUUUGGCCAUCGCUGGAAAUGUGAUAGUGCUGAUCAUUUUGCUAACCAGUCAGUCAAAAUUUACAGUUCCUAAAUUUUUGAUGUGCAAUCUGUCGUUUGCAGACUUCUGCAUGGGAAUUUACCUGUUGCUCAUCGCUUCUGUGGAUAUAAAAACCAAAAGUCAAUAUUAUAAUUAUGCUAUAGACUGGCAGACCGGAGCGGGAUGUCAUGCAGCAGGAUUUUUUACAGUGUUUGCCAGUGAACUUUCAGUUUACACACUCACAGCUAUAACCUUGGAAAGAUGGCACACCAUCACCUAUGCCAUGCAGUUGGACCGCAAAGUUCGCUUUCGGCACGCUUUCAUUAUCAUGAUUUCUGGCUGGAUAUUUGCAUUCGUUGUGGCUUUGCUCCCUAUUAUUGGAGUUAGUAGUUACAUGAAGGUUAGUAUUUGCUUACCCAUGGACAUUGAAACUCUACCGUCACAAGCAUACAUUAUCUUUUUACUAGUGCUUAAUGUAUUGGCGUUUGUGGCUAUUUGUAUCUGCUACUCCCAUAUAUACAUCACUGUACGGAAUCCCGAUAUCAUCUCUUCACACUCUGAUACAAAGACCGCAGUACGUAUGGCCAUACUAAUAUUUACAAAUUUUCUGUGCACGGCUCCCAUUUCCUUUUUCGCCAUUUCCGCGUCACUUAAGGUCCCUCUAAUAACUGUCUCCAACUCCAAGAUACUUUUAGUUCUUUUUUACCCUAUCAAUUCAUGCGCUAAUCCAUUUUUGUAUGCCUUCUUCACAAAAGCUUUUCGGAAAGACUUCUAUACUUUAAUGAGUAAACUUGGCUUCUGUAAAUCACAGGCUUAUAUUUUUAGAACAGAAACAUCAUCUUCCAACCUUAACUCAAGAAAUGGACAUUAUAUUCCUGGGCAGAAAAACAGCACAGGAUCCGUCUACACAUUAGUCACACUCAAUAACCAAAGCUGAAAUGGUGUCCUUUAUAACCUGAAGUUUUUACAGACAGACUUGUGAAACAAGGGACUAGAACAUCUGGAUCUGGAGGCUGCUGGAGGCUUUUAUUCUGGUUCUUAAAGUUUUCACGUCAUCUAGUGUACUCAUAUAUAAGGAUUUCUGGUAUAGAAAAGAGUGUAUUUAUGUGUAAUUGAACCUCAAUAUGGCCAACUUACUAUUGUUUAGUGCCUAUAAUCAUAUGGCUUUGUAUAAACUGUGGGAGCUUUAUGGAGUUGUCUGUGCUAUAAUAAACAACCAUUGAAAUAUGAGAGCCUUUCUGUACUUUCCGUGUUCCUUUGAAUUUGAAAGGACGGACCCUGAGGUCUUUUCUCCUAACUAAUUGUGCUGUGUCCCAACAGACACCGUAUAACGGAGAUGUCCUCUAGGAGCAUUCCUUCCAAAGUAGAACACCUCCUUAUGACACUUCCUGAUAAAAGCACCAUAUGGCACCAAAUAUUUAAAGAGGUUUCUUGGUAUUGAUUUUGAUAUUGAUGGUCAUUAAUAUCUGAUUGGUAGACCACCCGUGCUAAUCAGCUGUUUGAAAAGACCAUGGCACUCCUGUGAGCAAUGCGGCCUCCUCACAGCUUACCAAGCACAGCAUCAUACAUUGUAUAGCAGCUGUGCUUCAUAUUGCAGCACAGGCCAAUUCAUUAGAAUAGGACUGAGCUGUGCCUAGGCCAUGUGACUGAUGAACUAGCCUAUGAAGAAGCUGCAGAGCUCACUAAAGCUUUAUGGUCUCUCUUCAAACAGCUGAUCAUCAGCAGUGCUGGGAGUCCCCACCAAUCAGAUGCUGAUGACCUAUCCAGAAGAGAGGCCAUCAGAAUCAAAAUCCCAGACAAGCCCUUUAAAGGAAAUCUCUCAGCUACUUCUACUAUAUGAAAGCAACGCUAAUGCAAUGUAGAUUUAUAUAUAAUUUCAACUAUACCUUCGUUAUCUGUAACUGUAAUUUAACUUGCGUUUACAGCUAUUCAGACCUUGCUAUGGAGGGCUAACAAGUUAAGACACCCAACACACUUGCACCUGAUUUUGCCAAUCAUAGUCAGUUGGACCUGCAUGCUGCAGUGCAAAUUGCAGGUAUAAUUCCAAGAGUACAGUCAUAACAGGAAUAACAGAGGAAUGUCAGACCCCUAAACGAAUGUGUUCCC